AUGGCGUCGGACGAGGACUACAUGUCGUUCCUGAACAAGGCGAACCAGGACGCGGACGAGGCGCACGCGAAGGCGUCGGGGACGGCGCGGACGCAGGCGGGCUCGCGGGCGAAGCUGAAGACGCUGGACGCGGGGCAGAAGGCGCCGCAGGGGAUCGUCAAGGUAUGCAAGGAGGUGGUGUACACGAGCGACGCGGACGAGCCGUUUGAGCCGGUCUCGCUGAAGUACACGGGCGAUGGCGGGCUUCCGGACGAAGAGGAGUUUGCCAAGCUCAUCGAGCACUGGGACGUGGCCGGGGCGGACAUCAGCAUCAUGGACCCCGUGGACUGGGAUGCGCAGGGAGAAUACGGCGCGGUGAUCGAGGCGGUCCGGGACGCGAGCAGGGGCAACGACGUGCGGGUGUACAGGGUGGUGCGGGACAAGACGAGGGUGGAAUACUGGGUGGUUACGAGGGAGGGGGGUCGGGUGGUGGGCGUCAAGGCGCUGGCGAUUGAGUCGUGA